UAGUCUGCUCUGGGACUGCUGGAUGCUCCGUGAUGGAUGAGCAGUGACAGAUCGGGGUUAGCCGCCAGGGGAGUCCAUUUUCUUCCAGCGCACGGUCCUACCCGAGGAGAAAGCAGAGACACACUGGCCGCAGAGGAGGAAGGGACGAGAAACGGAACGAUUUCCAGCCCACCUCUUUCCCUCCCUGCCACUCUCCACUCCUGUGCAUCACAAUCUAGUGGGCUUUACCCGGACUGCACCGCAUUGACGCUACUGUUGCUGGCAGCCGACCCAACCCACUAAAGUAACGCACUAACAUCCAGAGAGAGAGAGAGAGAGAAGGAGAGAGAGAUAGAGACAGAAAGGGAGAAUCGUUUUUUCUAGCUGAUAUUAUACCCACAGCUGGAAACUAGAUGCUGUGCGGAUGGUUUGCGCGGAUAUGCAGCAAUUCCCUCUCCACCUCUCUUUGCUUUUUUCUCUCUGGAUCCGGACUCUGAUUCGCUGUCCUGCUCGGUAAUGCUAAGACUUUGGAAACGGGAGUGACUCUGGGGGUGAGGCGGCGAUUUGGAGAUUACUGCAUACUGCGAGACAAGAGAAUUUGGAUAUAACUUGGCUUACAAGUUUGCAGAGCUCACAUCAUGAAUGUGGCCGUCUACUUGAAACCGGGAGCUCCCCACUGUGCUGUUUCCAACAUGGGUGUUGACUGAAUGGAGGAGCCUCCCCGCGCUGCCACAGAGGUAUGAAGAGGCACUUUUGAGGCUUGAAACAGCUCUCAAUAAUUUCUGGACCAUGCUGAUUCUGCCGCCUAGGACGUUAUUUGUGUUAGUAGCCCACGCGCAUGUAUUAGUAUGUCUAAGAAACAAUGGAGAAGUACGAGCUAAAGAGGACAGCAACACCAGCGCAUACUCUGCAAGGACUUUACAUGGGUCACUCCGGGAGAGUCAUCAAAACAAAGCCUGGGACCGCGCUCUCUCGUCGGGGUACGCCACAGGUGCGUCCUCGGCGGAAAUGCAGGCGCAGCGGGCAAUUAUCCGAGGGCCCCUUAACUCCACUCACCCCUGGAAGAGGGGGAUUGCAGGAGAAACAAGGCGAACUGGACACAGCAAACGAGACUUCAGUAGGACUGUGACACCCGUGGAGGAUCCCAACGCUGUCUCCCAUUGGGACCCGACGCGCCACCACAAUAAGAGGAUAAAGUUGAAUGGCGGUUUUAGUAGUACGGGGACGCCAGCAGGUGGACACUACAAUGCGGCUAAGCUCUCUUCAAUAGGCCGUGGAUACGGAGGAGGGGGGCCCGAGGAGGGCGACAGGCACAAGAGAGGCACAAAAGACGAGCAGAAGAAAGCCUUGAAGAGGGGGAGAAACCGGCUGAACAAAAGCUCAGGGGUUUUGGCUCAGCCUCGCGCGUCGCCGUGGGAACCCAUCCCCAAGCCGGUGGCCCUCACCUCCACCGACUUGCCCUUUGACCUCUUCACCAGGAGGACCGAGUUCUUUACUUUCAGGGAGGAGAACCCCUGGGACGCCACGCCGAUAACCCCUCCCAGCUCACAGGAUUUCGGGGACGAGAUCAAGAAUCCCUUUUACCCGGUUACAAGUGAGACUUACGGCGCUUACGCGAUCACCUGCGUCUCCGGGGUCAUCUUUCUGGUGGGGAUAGCGGGUAACAUUGCCAUCCUGUGCAUCGUGUGCCAGAACUACUACAUGAAGAGCAUCUCCAACUCACUGCUCGCCAAUUUGGCUGUCUGGGAUUUUGUGCUCAUCUUCUUCUGUCUGCCCAUGGUGGUUUUUCAUGAGCUGACAAAGUCCUGGCUGCUGGGGGAAUUCACCUGCAAAGUGGUGCCCUAUGUGGAGGUGGCCUCCCUUGGUGUGACCACCUUCACCCUCUGCGCUCUCUGCAUUGACCGCUUCCGUGCAGCCACCAACGUCCAGAUGUACUAUGAGAUGAUCGAGAAUUGCACCUCCACUACAGCUAAGCUAGCUGUCAUCUGGAUUGGUGCUCUCCUAUUGGCCCUCCCAGAGCUCCUCAUCAGACAGCUGGUGGCAGAGGACACAGGAAUCCCAGACGAGCCUCCCGUUGAACGUUGUAUUAUUAGGAUAUCCACCUCACUCCCUGACAUGCUCUAUGUGCUGGGCUUGACCUACGAGGGCGCUCGGCUGUGGUGGUGCUUUGGCUGCUACUUUUGCCUUCCUACCCUCUUCACCAUUGGGUGCUCCUUGGUUACCGCGCGCAAGAUCCGGCGCGCAGAGCAGGCCAGCGUUCGUAGCAACAAGAAGCAGAUCCGGCUGGAGAGCCAGAUGAACUGCACCGUUGUGGCGCUGGCAAUUGUCUAUGGUGCGUGCGUGGUGCCUGAGAACAUCUGCAACAUAGUUUCCGCGUACAUGGCAGCCGGUGUUCCUGAGCACACCAUGUCUGUGCUCCAUCUCCUCUCCCAGCUGCUGCUCUUCUGUCGAGCCGCUGUGACGCCGGCGCUGCUGCUUCUCCUGUGUCGCCCGCUGGGCAGGGCCUUCCUGGACUGCUGUUGUUGCUGCUGCUGUAACCACGAGCCCUCUUCAGCCACCGCCAGUGAUGAUAACGAACACGAGUGUACCACCGAGCUGGAGCUGUCGCCCUUCAGCACCAUCCGCAGGGAGCUGAGUAACUACACACCUGCUGGCUCCAACUGCUAAACUGACACUCCUCAUCAGGGAUGGAGAUUUCACUAGCCUGCUAUUAGCCUUUGGCAGACUAAGCUAGGAGAGUUUUGCCUUACCUAGUCUAGUCCCAUUUUUAAAUGGGUGCAUGAACUAAGUUGGACACUGAAUAUUCACAUUCAGCCAGUGUUCAUAAAUCUUCAACUUUCAUUCCUAACAAUGAUUCGGUACAUUUGCAGUACUAUAUUACCCUAAUUUCCAAGGAAAGCUAACAAAAGCUAAAUCUUCUUUCACUCAUGCCCUGGGGCGCUCUUAAAAGAGGGUCAGUACAUAACCCUGACCCUGUGUGUUGUAGACUUUGUAUCCCUGAAUAUCUUAUGACAGUUGGGAGGCCUCUUAAUCUGUCUUAUGUGUGGUUCUUCACAGGAAGUUAAAUUAGG